AUUGAAUUCUUUCUCUAUAGCUUUGGAGAAUCAUUGUUUGGUUAAUUUCCUCAACAUAGCUCUCGGCGAAAUGUCUUUAUAAGAAGAUCGUCCAACACCUUCCUCCCCCCGGUCUCUCAGUGAACAACCGCUUUUCUAAACUACUACUCAAUGAGCUGGCGUACUGAAAGCACAUCUCCCGUUUCCUCUCCUUCUCCUUCUCCCACGCUCGUCGACAACCUCCGCCUUUCCGCUGAUGACGAUGUGAAGUGUUGUGUCGAACUCGGCACAAAAGAAGUUUUCCGCGAUGUAGUUAAGGGUCGUAAAAGCUGGAAGACUCUCAAAGGCGGAGAGAUGGUUUGGCCUCCAGAACUAGAGGCCGCACUCCUCGAAGGGUUGUCCAGUUAUCAGCCAGAUGACUCUCGAGAAACCAGGCUUCUUGGUCGAUUCCCCAUGCGAAACAGGUAUAUCUCUGCAUAUAUCCUACAGAAGACGGGCAAACAUCGUACCGCGAAGCAAGUUGGAAGCCGUUUACAACAACUCCGGGAUACUUGUGGAACGAAAAAACUACAACACCUUCUGUCACCAUCAACCCGUAAGACCGGUAGUUCUCCGGCGUUGAAAACCUAUCAUUACGGUUCUCUCCAACGUUACGGCCUCUCUGUUGACUCUUCCUCCUCCAGCGACACGUCUUCCCCAAGUUCCCCCAUCUCUGACACUCCGGAGGCCAACUGGAGCCAGGCUGCUUCGCCAUCGGUCAUGUACAUUUGUAUCCUUCCGGAACAUUCAUACGAUGCGAGAUUGUCCAGCGAAAAUUCAUCGAGUAUAUCUUCUCUCGGCGCUGUGUCGCGACCUCGAUCUAUCCACACCAUCGAUCCCACCCUCGCAUUCACUUCCUAUUCCGUCCUUGACCGCUCUGCGCGAUCAGUUUUCGAAGUUUACCAUUCUCAGAAACACCUUGUUCACCGAGAGGAGUGUCCAUUGACCACUUCCCAAACCAUUUCCGGUGUGGAUGAAGAAGGCCGAUAUCUAUAUUCCACAUCCCUCAUUCCCGGUUACUGGGAGAUGAUAUGUAAUGACGCAGAUCCUACUCAAUACACCAUUGAACAUAAGGUGGUUCAAAACGUUACCGGAGUCUCCUCUUCCCUGUUCACAGCCGUUUACAAGUUUCGUUACCCUCUGGACGCUACGUUCCACCGUAACCGAAUCUCUUCUGCUACGGAUUUCUCCAUGAGCGCCGGGCCAUAUCACCAUGGUCUCCCUUUCGAAUGCGCUACCUCUUCCGAUAACUCUUUCGACAUUGCAAGCCUUUCAGCGGAUAUGGGGUACAAUAAUCCUGAGAUGGGACCCAUCUUCGCUACUUCCUGUUAUUCCAACGAAAGCGGAAGCGUCUCCCCACGAUCCGAGACCAGUCUUGGGUAUGACCGACGCGAUUCUGAUUCGCUUUCCCCUCCGCCGUCGUCAACUUGGUUUUACACUCAGUCCUCCCGGCCAAAUUACUAAUCGCUAUACUAUUCUCCCAUUCGAACGGUUGUAUGUAUUAUUAUUAUGGUAUUUUGUAUUUUAUAUACCUCUUUCAUAUUCGCUUUUGGUUCUGCGAUAUAUGACUUCCCUUAUACCAGCUAUUGCGGCCAAUUGUUGUUCUAUCACUCGGACAUUCAUCGGACCAAGCCCAUACCAUACUUUCCCCAAGUAGGGUACUUAAUCCUUCCCAUGUCUUCGUUUAGCAAUGACAUGCAUGUAAAACUUCGCGUAAUCCCCCCCAUAUUAUCGUUAUUCCUAUAUCAAAUCCCAG